AUGUCUUCAGCAGUGUUCAGCAGUGUGUUCAGUAGUGUGUUCAGCAGUGUGUUCUGCAAUGUCUUCAGCAGUGUUCAGCAGUGUGUCCGCAGUGUGUUCAACAGGGUGUUCCGCAAUGUCUUCAGCAGUGUUCAGGAAAACGGCAAAACCCCCGCCCUGGCGGUCUGUGGGGUGUACCAUGUGUUUGUCCACGCCAAGCUCAGACCUAGGGAGCUCUUCACCGUCCUCACAGAGCGCCGGCACCGUGGGGUGAUGGAAGGUCUUCUGGCCCUCGGGGCUGCCCUCAUCGUUCUUCUCUCCUGCCGCCUUGCCGUUAUGGGUUCCCAGCCGCCGGAGUUCGCUCCCGCCGACAACCCGGCGGCGGACUGCGAGUCUCCUGGGGUGCGGGCGCUGACGUUCUUCUUUCUGCCGGCGUUCAACACGUGGUUGCUGCUGUGCCCCUACACGUUGUCCUUCGAUUGGUCCAUGGAGGCCAUCCCGCUGGUGGCGUCCCUGGCGGACCCCAGGAACCUGGCCUCCCUGGCUCUCUACGCCUCCUUGGGCCUGCUGGCGCUGGUCUCGCUGCUGGCUCUGCGGCGGAGGCGUCUCGGCGAGGACGCCGGCGGCAGCGAGACGGCCACAUCAGGAGACGUGACGAUCAUGGGCCUUGCCCUCAUCCUCCUCCCGUUCCUCCCGGCCACUAACCUCUUCUUCUACGUGGGUUUCGUGGUGGCCGAGCGCAUUCUCUACAUUCCUUCGAUGGGCGUGUGUCUGUUGGUGGCGUGGGGGGCACACCUGCUGCACGCGCGAGCGCGCACCGCCCGUGCUCGCCGGCUCCUGAAGGUGGCGCUGGUGGUGCUCUUCCUGCUAUUCUCGGCCCGGACGUGGACUAGGAACCACGACUGGGCCACCGAGGAGAACCUCUACCGCUCAGGAAUCGCCAUCAAUCCUCCCAAAGCAUAUGGCAACUUGGCCAACAUCCUGAGUUCUCAAGGCAAAAAAGAGGAGGCGGAGUGGGCGUAUAAGAAGGCCCUGUCGUAUCGUUCCAACAUGGCCGACGUCCACUACAACCUAGGUAUACUAUUUCAAGAGCAGAAGAGAUAUGAGGAGGCGUUACAGGAGUAUAAAUUGGCGAUACAGUUCCGGCCCAGGAUGGCAAUGGCGCACCUCAACAUGGGUCUGGUGCUAGGUCUAAUGGGACAGAGGGCCGAGGCUGCCGAGGUCUACCGUCACUGCUCGCAGCUAGACGGCUCAGGACUCAAGGAUCCUCGAACUCACGAGUCCACGAAGAUCUCGGCGCUCUUCAACCUGGGUCGCCUCUACGCUGACGAUGGCCACUUCGAGAGAGCCAUCAGCGUCUAUCAGGAAGCCGUCGAGAGGAUGCCCUCUCACUACCAGCCUCAGAGUCUAUACAAUAUGCUGGGAGAGGCGUUCUUCAAGCUUGAGAACUUGGAGGAAGCUGAGCGGUGGUACCUGCAGGCGCUGAGGGUAAAGUCAGACCACGUGCCUGCCCACCUCACCUACGGGAAGCUCCUGGCGAAGAUGCAGCGUCUGGGGGAAGCUGAAGAGUGGUUCCAGCGAGCUAAAUCCCUCGCCCCCAACGACUCCACUGUACAUCAACACUUCGGUCAGUUCCUGUCGGAGGUGGAGCGUCACGAGGACGCUGCCGACCACUACGUGAAGGCGGCGCAGCUGGCGCCCUCUGAAUACGAAAUCAUCUUCAACGCAGCCAAUACCCUCCGUCAGGCUGGGAGAAACAAGCAGGCGGAAGAGUACUACCGCCUCGCCGUCAACCUCAGACCUCAGGAGGCCACCUCACAUAUGAACUUGGGGGCGAUGCUGCACGUCAACGGCAAGUUACUGGAGGCAGAGUCCAGCUACCUGGAGGCACUGCGGCUCAAACCUGACGAUUCCAUCACCAGGACCAACCUACAGAAGCUCAGACACUUGCUGGCCAAGAAGGGCAUCAGUCCCUCAAGAUAACCCGCAGCCCUCAACCUCACUCUAAAAACCUGCGAGAAAUUGGGGGGGUCAAUCCCAGGGGUGUAUCCCAGGGGAUCUUCCUUGAAUGUGUCCCAUGGGGGUUGCCUAGAGAUUUACCUGUGCCUCAGGUGUCCUGCUUUGCCUUCCCUUACAGGGAAGGCGACUCCUUUCAUCUCUUUCAGCCCCCCUAGUAAGUGCCUGCAACAACCGUUCGUGUGAGGAAGCCGGAGGCUCACCAAAACAAAAUGCUCAAGUUCUUCCGCGUCCUCGAGCUGUCAUCCAGGGCGUGGCGGCCACACAACCACCCAGUGAGAAGAUAGUUGUAAAUGGUAUGAUAAUGCCGACAAGCUGUGGGAGAGGACACUUGUGUACAGUACAACACAUUAAAGGAAACGUUUUGCCACGAAUGGCUUCAUUAGGAUUGAUGAAGUCACUCGCGGCUAAACGUUUCCUCUAAUACAUGUCCUGAGCUGUACACUAGAGUCCUUUUCCACAGUGAGAAGAUAGCAGUUAUGAGCCCGGGCCGGCGGCUCUCCCAGGGUCGUUCUCGUUAUAACCAGAAUAAACCAUCGUUGAGACGCUAACUCUGGAUCAUAACAGCUGAUCUAGUCACAGCUUAGACGAAUGGAAGUGAUUCCCAGGUUCAUGACAUAAAUGUCAAGCAGACGAAAAGAGGCGCUCGACUGUUCUGAUGUGCCAAGUACAUAGCAGGUGCCUGGACGACUCUGUGACAGCUCUCGUUUUUCAUUAUGGCGCCGCUUAUUCGUCAGGUUAGCUGGAGUGCCUUUCCUACACCGUGCCUUAGUCUCCGUUAGUAUCUACAUAUUGGAGUCUGGAUAGUGGAUAAGAGUUUUUGAAUUAUUUUUACGAG